UUAAGACAAGACCACUGCCAGCGUUCCUUUGCGACGUUGCCAACACGUUCCUUUUCGCGACCCUAUAAACCAAGACACUCACUCCCUCGCGCAUUCAGUCGCCAACCGCUCAUUCGGCCUCGGACCUCGUGCCAAACCAUACAGUCGAAGACGAUUGCCCACUCCUUUGGAUAUACACAUAGACCAGCAUCGUUUCAUCUUCAAACAGCACAACCACCGCCAAGAUGAAGUUCUCUACCACCUCCGUCCUGCUCGCCGCCGCCCUGGGCGUCUCUGCCCACCCCAGCGGCCACGCCCACAAGCGCGCCCACAACUCUGCCGUUGAGGCUCGCGGCGACUUCGUCAUGGCCAACAAGCCCGCCGAGGCUGCUCCCACCACCACCAGCGCCGCCCCGGCCGCCUCUACCACCGCCGCUGCGGCCCCCAGCUCCUCGGCCCCCGCGACCGUCAAGCCCUUCUGCGGCGGCAACAGCAAGCGCGCCACGGCCGCCGAGAUCGCCUACAAGGGCAACGUCGGCGCCGGCGGCUCCUACGGCUGCAACAUCAUGACCGUCGACGAGAGCCUGGUCGACGAGUACCAGUACACCAUGGUCUUUGAGAACGCCGGCGACGACACGACCUGCUUCUGCUGGAACAAGAUCGGCCCCGACGGCGGCAUCAACGGCUUCUUCAAGGGCAACCAGGCCAUCACCUUCGACGUCGCCGCCGGCGGCAAGCAGGUCGUCGCCGUCGACACCAACUCCCAGGUCGGCUGCGCCUGCGGCGCUGGCGGCCCUGAGCUGACCCCCAUCGGCCAGUUCGCCUCCACCUGGGUCGAGGCCGACUUUGGCAACAUGUCCAACGGCGGAUGGUCCGGUGCCGAUGCCUCCUCCCUGGUCGCCGCCGCUGCCGGCAUGACCAUCCCCGGCCUCCAGGUCUGCGGAACCGGCGCUGCCAAGGGCACCUGCUCUACCAUCUACCCCGGCGGCAAGGGCGACAACGCCUUCACUGCCGGCACUGAGGCCCUCGACGGCCUGGGCCUCAACCUGGCCCCCGGCAAGACCUCCAUCAUCGUCACCAUUGACUACCAGGGUUAGAAAUGCGAAUCUUCACUGGAAAGACGAUGAUGAAGAACGCGGGGUCUAUAGAGGGAAAAAAAGGGCAGCUGGGAUGAUGGGUCUGGGAUUUGAUGCAUGCUUUUCGGCUUUGAGGAAACUCUUUUUACUGACGUGGAGAAUUGACAAAUCUACGGUGUUUGGUUAUGUGGCUUUUUUUACGGAUUCCCCCCGGGUUGUCCAACGAUGACAAGAGACGUACGGACAAGGACCUGCACGCAAGUUAUACGUUGAAAUCCGUCUUAUCUUUUUAUUUAUUAUAUAUAUAUUACGGUUUCUCUUAUAUAUAUAUAAUCUGAAGUGUUUACUGCUCUUAUAGCUUAUAGAAGAUGACGUUUUGCUC